GAUCUCUCGAUCCUUCGCUGUUAGGGGCGCGUUGAAAUCGGCAAAAAACCCGAUAGUGCGUCGGGAAAUCGCAGUUGCUUAUAUUGCAGCAACGGCGAUAGUAAAUGCUAACGAAAAUCGUUUGGAGUUCAGUGAAAAUCGCCACCUGAGGUGCAAAGAUCGAUCGCCAUUGGCGAAAAAUGUGGACAUUUCUGCUUCGCUGUUACGUGUCAAUAACGUCGAUCUGAGCACGAAGGCGGUCGACUUUAGUGCGGUUUAAAAAAAGAAACUGAAACUUUUUUACGUACGUAGAUGAAAUCAAGUAGCGUAAAUAAUUGAGCGACCAUCCCUCGUCGAAGACCGAAGUCCCUAGUGGAUGCGGCCGAGUGUAAACCACCCCAAGAGGAUUAAGCGACGCCGGAAGCGACGCUCCUGCGACAGGAGGACCUCCGAGAGAUGAGCUUCGCUUUGCUGGUGGCUGGAGCAUAUGCCCUUGCCACACUAAGGCGGUAUUCCGUGGCGCAAACGGCCACUAUAACGACCUUCGCGUUGUUCCUGACUUUGGGCCUGACGCCACUUUCGGCAGCCCCAACAGGCAUCGACCUCGCUGAGAUGCGGGAGGAGCCCUGGGUCCACUCCUGCGGUGCCCCGGUCACCGACAAUCCGAAUCGAAGACACAGCCUCUACCGGACCCUGAAGGAUGUCCACAGGCAGUUCAGAGUGGCCCGGGCCUACUUCCAGACGAAGAAUGACAUCGCGGAGAUAUACUCUAAGGUGACCAAAGAAUUGAAGACACAGUACAGCCUCCCCUGGCUACCGAAGAAUCAGUUUGAAUGGUACCGAGAGAAGGCUUGGUGUCUUGAGAAGGCGCAGAAGGCUGAGGUUGCGCUCCCGAAACUUCACGACACCCUUCAGAGAUUCGCUAUCACUUUUCAUCACCUUCAGUCCUUCGAGCUGGACUCACAUUUCAACACAAACGCCAGGGAGAAGAGAAACAAAAUCAUCGAUGCCAUGUACUACGACAUUCUCAGGAUGCUCUGCGAGGUGGAGACAGCGAUCGUCAUCCUUGGGAUCGAGCUGCCGUCCUCUUAUAAGGCGGCGAUAGUCACCGAGAGUCCGGACUGGACGGAGAAGGGCGAUUUCACGCGAAUGCUGGUGCAGGACAGCGGCGUGAUCCAGGUUUACAAGGUGUUCCUGAAGGAUUGGAUCAGGGCGUUGCGGAAUCUGGCUGCAACGGCGAAGGACUCGGAAACCUGUGAUCCGUCGAGUCUCCCGCCGAUGGAAACAAAGAAGAAGAGGACAAAGCAGGGAAAGAAGAAGAACGGCAGGGCGCAGAGGCCGGGCCUUCAGGGCAAACGCCCCGCUCCAGGCCGAGGGCAGGGAAGGGGUUCCCGGAGGAAGUUGACCGGGAACAAACAGAGGAAAACUGAGUAAAUUUUCCUCCUCCCGCUUCUCCUUCUUCUUCUUCGUCGUCGUCCAUGUUCCCCUUCGUCUUCGCCUUCUUAUUUUUCUCCUUAUUCUUACAAGAAUCGACGUGUAUCGGCGCACACCUCGCUAAGUACGUGACGACACGAAUUCGUGCGAGGAAAUUUAAUUCUGACGGGAAAACGGAUGUGUUAAAAUAUUAUCAUUUGCCGGACAGUGAUCGCAAAUUAUUCUCACCGCGAUGUAAGACUACGAAUUUCACUUAUUUUCGCCAAUUAUUUAUUUCAUUUUAACUUAUAACCGAUCAUUUUAUGAUACAAUUAUCACGACUAGCUUAACGAUUUUCAAUCCUCAGUCCUGAUCAGAAGGCAGUUACUAUUCUACCUCUUUUUUCUUUUUGUUUCUUCGAAACGUUGUUUUCAAAAAAAUCGAAACGAAAACGAAGAAAACGAACAACCAAAAUAAAAAGAAAAGAAAUGAAAACCCCAGGACUAGAGACCAGUAUUACGAGAUCUACUUCAAAGUGAAACCAGUAUUAUAUACUUAUUGAAUGACAAUUAGUACGGUAAAUAAUCUAGUAAUGAUAUUAAUGGUUCCAGACAUUUCAGUCAGCGGAUUUGAAUAUAUCUUGAAAAUAUAGGCAGAUUUAACAAUAAUAGCAUUAAAAAUUACGUGCCAAUUAUCAACUAGGUGUAAGAUUAAAUAUUGAUUUAGUAAUCUGUCCUAAAAUCGUCGUAACUUGUGCUGUAAUGCGGCUUCUGCGUUGAUGGUAAAAAGAAAUUUAUUUUUAUUUUUUUCUAUUUUACUGUAUUCUCAUUUAUAGAGCGUAGAUUGAUAUUGUUGUAUAUAUAUAUUUUAGAUUGUAAAACUAUUUAUUCAAGCCCUAGCUUUAAAAACAAAGCGAUGCUUAAAGUAGUAAGCUGUGAUAUCAGAACGUACGUGAACGUACAAAGUUCCUACGUUUUAUACGUAUAUAGAAAACGUCUAUAACACCGUAAUGUAAUUAUUCAUGUUUUUCAUCGUUCAUCUGAACAGAAAUUGAAAACUACUGUUUUAUCAUUUUUCCAAUCACUGAGGACACAAAUCUCAACUCGUUCUGUGCAUGACAGUAUUCUAAGUAGAGACUUAAUUAUUCACUAAAUUCGGUACCUACGCACCGAAGCCCUUGAAAUACCAAAU